GUGUGUGUGUGUGUGUGUGUGUGUGUGUGUGUGUGUGUGUGUGUGUGUGUGUCUGAGAGAGAGAGAGUGUGUGUGUGAGGAUGAGUGGUGGUAAAAAGAGGAGUGGCUUUCAGAUCACCAGUGUCACCUCGGACUUCAACCAAACUCCAGCCGGCCAAUCAGCUCCCAGUGUGGUCCUGAGCGUCCUCCAAUCAGCAGCCUCCUCCUGCAGCCCUCAGGGAAGCUCCUCCCAGCCCACCACACCCUCUCUGAAAAGGAAAUACAUCUCCCAUGAUGUGUCGGGUCAGGUGGCGGGCUGUUCCUCCAGGUUCAGAGUGGUUAGGCUGGCAGUGGGCGGGGCUAACAGUGAGGGGCGAGGUGAGCCAUAUCGCCGGGGGCGAUGGACAUGCACAGACUUCGUUGAACGCCUGGAAGGAAUGGGGUUCAAGCGAUUGAUGGACACCAUGAGACAAGCCCACUCGAUGGAGUCCCUGGAGCUGAUUGGCCGAGACAUAGACAGAGGUGGCGUCCACUCACAGGACACUACCCAUCUGCUGGCUCAGCCAAUCAGAGGUAGGGAUGGGUUGGAAUUUGCAGUGAGCAGCGGACCACCCUCACCAACGCACCGAGAGCCAAUCAACAUCCAGCUCCUGAACUGUAAAGGACCAAUAGGAGAUCAGUGUUUCGACUCCAACCCUCCCCCUCCUUCGCCCCGCCCACGAAACAUCCCUCCUCCUCUACGAUUGGACGUGGACGCAGCAGGGCGGUCUGUCCUCAGGCUGUCUCACUCUCAGCCCAGCUCCCCCCCUGCUGGAUUGUACCAACCCCCCCGGACCCCCCUUCAGACUCCAGCAGCCUUCAGUCUGGACCAAACCAUGUUCAACCUGCCGGGGGACGCCAGUAAUUCCAGUCACAGUCUGGUUGCCAUUGACAACAAAAUUGAGCAGGCCAUGGACCUGGUUAAGAGUCACCUGAUGCUGGCGGUCAGAGAGGAGGUGGAGCUUCUGAGAGAACAAAUCAGAGAGCUGCAGGAGAAGAACACACACCUGGAGAGAGAGAACCACAUCCUGAGAGCACUUACACACACACACAACAAAACAUAACACACACACACGUCUAUAUACAUAUGGGCAGUCAAAAAAUUAAAUUAUUUAGUUUGCGAUUAAUUUCUACAUUUGAAUAGUUAAUCACAAUAAAUCCCGUUUUUUAAUCGCAUCUUUGAAAUUCCAUUUUUCACAACUAAAUAUAAGAUUUGUAAGGCUUUUAUUUUGAAAUUUUGUACUGUCUUCAGCACAGCGUGCAUUACUUUUUGUUUGAAUUCAACCCUGCUUUUUUGAAAAAAGUUAGGACAGCGGUGGAGCCUAAAGUGAAAGUUGAUAUAAGAUAGCUCCGCCUUCAUUUGCUGAUGUUUCAACACACAAUCUAAACAUGAUGAUGAUGAUGAUGAUGAAGAGUUGAUUAGAUAAAUUAAUAAAAACUAACUGGAGACACUUA